AUGUCUUCGGUCACCAUCUAUGAUGCUGUCAUUCCCGUCUUCAUCAAAGGCCUCAAAACCUUUGACCACAUCCUAAACAAGGCCGAGGAACACGCCAAGGCCAAUAACAUCGAUGCCAACACAUAUCCAGAGGCCCGCCUUGUCGAGGACCAACUGCCACUCACUUUCCAAGUCCAGAACGCCACCAAGACUGUCAAAACGAACAUUGCUCGCCUGACAGGCGUUGAAUUGGAACCUUUUGAGAACAAGGAGAAGACGAUCGAGGAUUUGCAUAAGCGCAUCCAGGAAGCGCUGGAUCUGCUCAGCAAGGUCGAUGCUGAAACUGUCAAUGCCAAAGCUGGAAAUGUGGUUGACGUGCCUAUAUUUGGUGGCAAGGUACUGAAGGUUACGGCCAAGGAGGCAGCGUUGAGCCAUGGUGUUCCGAACUUCUUUUUCCAUCUGAACGCGGGAUAUGCUAUUCUGAGAUCUAAGGGGGUGCCUAUUGGCAAGGCAGAUUACCUUGGCAGCUUUCUUGCUCAGUAG